GGGUUGGCCGGUCGAAGUAUUAAACAGAUGGCGCCAUCAUAGCUUGCCCUGUCAAUCCCUAGAAUUGUGUCAAAUUCUUGUUUUUUUUUUGGAAUUUUGUGACCUGGAUUCCAGUACUUUAAGCCAAAUCUCAUAGAACAAAACUAGAGACAGGGGCAAGCUAUGAUGGCGCCAUCUAUGCAAACCUUUGACAGUUGCCAACCCCAUUGCAGAUUGUUGAUAUUAUCAAAGAGAAUUUGAAGUAGAGGUGUAUUGUAAAAGAAAACUUUGUAGCAACGUAAAUUUACUGCCAUCUUUCGACACAUAUUUAAAAGUUUUAGAACGCCAUUUGACUUUGAUCCUUAUUCUUUCACUGAUAUGUGUUCAAUUUGUUAAAUAUCAAAAAGUGGCGCCAUCUUACCGGGCACUUUAGGUUAUGGCGCCAUCGCUCGAAACGAUGCUACUGUAUCUUUGGCCUUUGAUCUAUUAUAUAGAUGGCGCCACUUUUUGAUAUUUAACAAAUUGAACACAUAUCAGUGACAGAAUAAGGAUCAAAGUCAAAUGGCGUUCUAAAAGUUUAAAUUAUAUGUCGAAAGAUGGCAGUAAAUUUACUGUGGCUACAAAGUUUUCUUUGACAAUACACCUCUAAUUCCAAUUCUUUUUGAUAUUAUUUAUAAGUAAAUAUUUGCCGAGUGUCAAGAUCAUUAGAUAGUGAAGCGAGUCGCUUCUUAUCUUAUUAUGAGGUCGGAAAUGGAAUGGUGAACGGUGCUUAUGCUUAUAAUUAAAUUGAAUAUAAAUUUAUACCUACAGUUUUUAUAAAAAUGAGGUUCGAUAAAAUAUUGUAUUCGUCAAAAAGUGCAGUUCCUGACACAGUGUAUUCGACGUUCUCCUACUUCUUAAACACACGGACCGGCGAUGGCGGCGGCGACGGCACGCUGGACAUGGGCAGUCGCUCCUCUCUCCACACAGGACUGCAUAUGUCCGAGGACGAGCAUUGGGAGAUGAAUUAUCAUGAGGCCGCCAUUUAUUUGGAGGAAGGCCUGAACAAUGAGAAGUUCGACUCCCACCCGUCCAGCCCUGAGGAACUGCCUGCAUAUCUACGAGUCCACAACCCUUGGUAUCACGGACUUGACUUGCUGGCUUCCCUGGUGUUAAUACUGCUUGCGUUCACGGAGGAUCCUGCGGUACCAGCUUUUGAGUUACCUGUAUGGGCCCACGGCACGAUAGAACUGUUGGCGCUGAUGGUGAUUGGCGUGGAACUUCACCUGAAGUUGAAGUGGAUUGGCUGGAGUACUAUUCUGAAACACAAGAGGACCAUGAUCAAGGGCGUGACCCUACUAAUAAUGGUCCUUGAAGCGGUAGUAGUGCUGUGCAGACAAUCCUCUCACUUCCGAGUGACCAGAGCCUUGCGGCCAAUAUUUCUAGUUGACACAAGACAUUGUGGAGGCGUUCGCAGAUUCAUAAGACAGAUCCUGCAAAGUUUGCCGCCUAUUUUAGACAUGUUAGGGCUCCUAAUGUUUUUCGUGGCCACGUACUCUCUGCUGGGCUACUACUUGUUCUCAGAACACCUCGACAAUGGUCACUUCUCUACCAUCAGUGACUCGUUCGUCAGCAUGUUUGUGUUGCUCACCACCGCCAAUUUCCCGGACGUGAUGAUGCCGUCGUACGCCAAGUCCAAGUGGUACGCGGUGUUCUUCAUCCUCUACAUCAUCACUGUGCUCUACGUGCUUAUGAAUUUGAUGUUAGCCGUAGUAUACGAGACCUUCACCCGCAUAGAGCGCGAGAAAUGUCGCGCUUUGCUACUACACCGUCGUCGCGCCGCGCGACACGCGUUCCGUCUGCUCGUGUCGCGCCGCGCGCCGGACGCCGUGCGGCUGCGACAUUUCGCCGGACUCAUGCGACACUACGCGCCGCACUACAGCGGGCUGGAUGUGUACCUAAUGUUUAAGCAGCUAAAUCAGUCCGGGACCGGAGGUCUCUCCCGCUCCGAGUUCGCUAAUCUAUAUGAGGUGUUCGCGCUCCGCUGGGCGCCGCAGUCGGCGCGCGCGCCGUGGUACGCGGAGUCGUGGCUGGAGCCCGGCGCGCGGGCCGCCAGCCAACUCGUCCACAAGCCUUACUUCGAGUACAUUAUCUACGCGCUUAUAGUAGCCAACGGCGUAGCAAUGGUGCUACGCGUGUUGGAAGCCGGGGCGGGCGCCGACCCCGCCCUGCCCGGCUUGCAGCACAGCGCGCGGCUACUCUGUGCCUCCUGGGACACCUGGCUUUUCCUUUCGCUAUUCUUAAUAGAAGCAGCCCUCCGUAUGAUGGCUUCCGGCGUGGCGGCGUACCUCGAGAGCGGAUGGAACGUUUUCGAUCUCACCGUGACCUUGCUAGCUCUUAUGGGGGCUGUCAUGCUCACUAUAGCGCCCAAACUGUAUAUUGUCGUCAUAUUCAGACCAUUAAGGCUAAUGCGUCUCUACAAGCUAAAGAAGCGGUACCGCGACGUAUUCGGCACACUCGUGUUACUAUCGCCUCUCAUGUCCUCAGCUGGCUGCGUGAUGCUCGUCAUGUAUUAUUUCUUCGCUAUCGUCGGUAUGGAGCUCUUCGCUGGAUUGGACUUGAGGAACUGCUGCGUAAAUACAACAGUAGAAGACUUUUACAAAUACUCAGAGAACAGUUCAACAGCUCUCGGCUACUACUACCUAAACAACUUCGAGAAUCUCAUCACGAGUGGCGUGUCUCUGUUCGAGCUUACCGUCGUCAACAACUGGUUCAUACUUAUGAAUGCGUACGCGACCGUCGCGGGGCAGUUUAGCAGGAUUUAUUUCAUGGUGUUCUACCUGUUCACGAUGGUUGUGCUGACCAUCGUGGUGGCCAGCGUGCUGGAGGCUUUCCGGUUCCGCAUACAAUACAAGCGCUCCACUACCAAGAGGGACGAGGAGAAGCUGCUGCACGAGGAGGUGCACACGAGCUGGGAGGAGGCGGCGCGGCUCGGCGCCGGCGGCGCGCUGGCCGACGCGCUGCGCCCCUUCCUGCCCGCCGGGACGGAGGUGACAUUCAUCGGGUCUCGGCCUCGCACGAAAGAGGUGCUGCAACGACGCAUGUACCACCAAGAUAUCCAGAAGUGGCUCGCAGACGAGGACGAUAACGAAGUCCCACCCUCAACAACUCUGACCUCAAACGACCCCCUGGCCCCGCCGCUCAUCCAGCAACCAGAAGCGGAGACCAACCACCAGCUCCGGCCCGGCUACCAGUUGUAGAACCUACUCAUCUACGUCCUGUACUAUAGGCUAGAGGCGCUGUGGGGUGUGGUGCGCGCCUUAUGAUCCGGCGUGGCGCGGUGGCUGAAUGCUAUGUUCCGGUGCCAUUUGUAAAAAAAAAUUGUCUAUGAUUUUAAGGGCUAUCGCAGACACAUGUGAAAUUCUGCUUAAGCGGCAAAACAAGCAAGGUUUGUCUAUGGGUUUAAGGGCUAUCACAGACACAUGUGAUUUUUUAUUGUUUGCCGUCGCACGCGUCACAUCCUCGACAAAGUAAACCUUUUUGUGGAAUGCCCCUCGGAAUGUCUAGUUUUGAAAAAUCUGGAUAGGAUUUUUUCUAGACUGGGACUAGAAAAAAAAGGGAGGGGUAUCGUCACAGAAAAUUUGAAAUUCGCGCCUUUUUCUACUGACAAACUUGUAUGACUGGCUAUAGUAUGAAUAAAUUGUGAUCUGAUAGUCUGUAGAGCCCGUCUAAGCUUCCGUCAUAUUUAUCGUCACUGCAAAGUCUGAACAGUGUGAACUUGUUUCAACUCUAGUCUCCGAAAUCUGUCAGACAGGUUUUCAAGAUAAUAAUUAAAAUGUAUCUGUGCUGUGGUGACUCUUAAGCUUAUUUUCGAUUGACAUGCAUUUGAAAAUACAGGAUUAAAUACCACAUUCAUAAAAUAAAUGCCUGUACCAAAUUUAUAAAAUCUGACUCGCCUGUUCAGCAUGUUGUUUAGUUAUGGCGACGAUUCCACAAAUUUGUCUGACCAAAAGCAGGUUCUUUCUUGAAUCCAUUACCUUGUCGUCCAUAUUACCUAAUUACAAUAGCCAUAUUGAUAAUAGUACAUUACGAUACAAGUGCGAAAAUAGGAAAUUCGAAACGAGUGGCGAUCUAUUAAAACACGACCGAAGGGAGUGUUUUAAAUCGACAUGAGUUGCGAAUUACCUAUUCGCACAUGUAUCGUACAACGACGUUUUACAGUACAUAUGGCCCUUUAAAUGUUCGACACAGUAACGUAAUAUGCUAAUUUUCGCACUAGUGCGGUAAAGUAGCACCAUAUGUACUGUAAAUGUGUUUUUGACCUGGCCUGAUCAAUUUUAAAUUUUAUAUUUACACGGUAUACUAUAAACUAACAUUUGCAUGCCAUCGCCGUCGAAUAAUAUACGUUUGAAAAAGACGGGGUCAUUGACUUGAUAUGUCUUAUGCUGGAGUUGAUAACAAGUGACUUGCUGUAAAAUAAUUAAUUUAUUUUAAAAUAAAAGGUGAAUCUUGGAGAAUUUAACAACUGGAGUCGUUUUUAAGAGCGUACCCCUCUAUCGAAAACCUCGGCCAUUACAGACAAGGUGUCUCCAGUUAUUAAAUCUGCCAAGAGCUGAAUGGAUGUAUAAUGAUGAAAUAAUAAUAACAAAAUAUGUGUAACAUCUGUGAUAGAAAUAAUUCAAAGCGAGAUUUUUUAUUUUUCAGUUGAAAUUUUUGAGGUUGUUUAUUUUAUUAUAAUUUUAAUUAAAUUAGACUUGAGCCAGUAAGAACAAAAUGAGAUUUUUAUAGUGGGUUGUGUCAAACCGUUGUGUGCUUACAUUUAACAUUACCCAACGUUUUUUAUGCGUCAGAUACUCCCCAUAAUUUAUUUAUGUGUCUUCACUGGUGGGCAAGCCGUCAAUUUCUACACCAUUCAAAUAUUUUUAAUUUAUAACCUAUAAGAUAAAAAACUUUUAGGUUAUAAAUUAUUUUCUUAUAGGGAGCGUGCAUGAACUGUAGGAGGCAGCACAGGAGCCGUCAGAUUUUUGGCGCGAGGCGUAAAUGUGAUGUUUAUUGUUCCGAUGUAGCCCACAAGAUGGCGGAACCUACUAUGCACAAGACAACACGACGUGUAAAUGUGCAUGUUUAUGGUUCCGAUUCAGGCCACAAGAUGGCAGACGCUUCAACGCGCACGGUCCCUAUACCGGUCCUGAAUUUGACACAACCCACACUUUAUUUGGUUGUUAUUAAAACCAAAGCUUGAUUUUAUUAAGUUAUAAAAGUAUUUUGAAAGGCAGCUGAUUCUAAUAAAGGAUUACGAGUAUUAAAUAUAUAUGAUAGUGAUUAUUAGAGAUUGCCUUCAUAGAGAUUAAAAUUGAAUUAAAGUAACAUUAACUGUAGAGAGAGUUAUCAUGUUCGCGCUGAAAUUAUUAGCUAAUGAUAUUAUUGAUUUCUUAUGAAUUUACAAUAAAAAUAACAUUUUUUAAAUAGAUGUUUACUAAAUGCAUAGUAUGAAUGUAGCAACAGUUUUGGCAGCAAAAAGAAAUACAUACCAUUCUCGUUUGUCUUAUUUGGUUUGUCUAUGGUAGAAUAUAAAUUGCAUAAUAUUUUUUUAAUAAUUGAUUUAAGUAAAUCUUAACGAUUACAUUAUUAUUCUAAAUAUCAGCCUUAUCCAAUGACCAUCCUAAACGAGAAUAGUUUAAUUUGAAUUUGAUAGAUGGUAGUGCAUAGUCAUUCUUGUGAUAAGCGUGGACCAUAUAGAGUAUUAUAUAUUUUAUUACGAUUUAAGUUUUAUUUGUUUGACGGAAGGAUAUUUCUUAAUAUAAUUUAUUGUGCUUAAAUCAAGGCUCGAAAACCGGUUAAAUUUCCAAACCUAGUACAUGAUAAUUGAUUACGUACUUAGCGCAAAACCUUUUAAUUUCGGUUUCUUUUGUAAAACCGUUACUUUUAAACCGGUUUUUGGAGAAUAUUUCCACAAAGUUCUUGUCAGAUAAACCGAUUUAGAACAACAUAAACCGGUUUCUUCCUAUGUGGGUGUCUUUGUUUACGCGGCACACCACUGAGCCGGACGGUCGUGUUGUCGCUCGUCGAAUAAACCGGUAUAUUUAGGAUACAAUAAAGCUCUUAAAACGUGUGCGUCCUUAUGAAAUUUCGGAGUAAAACAAAUAAAAACGUUAAUUACCGCUGUUUUUAAAACCGGUUCCGAGCUUUGGCUUAAACAUUAUACUUACUUAUCUUCAGUAUUAUAUGUGUUAAUCAUGUAAAUAAGUUGAUGUGUCUGAAUCAAAGUAACUUUGUUUAACCAUAUUAUUUGUAUUAAAUAUUUCCUAUUAUUUUUGUAAAUCAAUUUUAUGUUAAGCUUGAUUAGUAGUAUAUGAUCAUGCGCCAUAUUGCGGAAUUUCAUUGAAACUACAUUUUUCAUACUUGACUGAACUUAUACACAAAGAGAAUUUGAAAAAGAGGUGGAUUGUCAAAGAAAACUUUGUAACCACAGUAAAUUUACUGCUAUCUUUCAACACAUGAUUAAAACUUAGAACGUCAGUUGAUUUUUAUCCUUAUCCUUUCACUGAUAUGUGUUUAAUUUGUUAAAUACCAAAAAGUGGCGCCAUCUAAUAGGUAAAUGGCCAAAGGUAUGGCGGCAUCGUUUCUAGCGAUGGCGCCACAACCCUUGGGUUAUGCCCGGAAAUAUGGCGCCACUUUUUAUAUUUAACAAAUUUAACACAUAUCAGUGAAAGAAUGAGGAUCAAAGUCAAAUGGCGUUCUAAAAGUUUUAAUCAUGUGUCUAAAGAUGGCAGUAAAUUUACUGUAGUUACAAAGUUUUCAUUGAAAUUUCUCUAUUUCAAAUUCUCUUUGCUAUACAUGAGAAUAACAGCGCCCUCUUGACAAUGAUCGUAUAUUUCUGGUCGGGGUUUAAGAGCCAAGGGCUUGUCACCGUGGAUUAUUAAUAAUUACAGUCAUUCUGAGUCAGCAGGAUAAUGUGGCGAAUUCUAAGGACUCAUAAAUGUAUAGCUAUAUUCACAUAUGAUUUUAUGAUAAAUUCGUCAAAAACGUCAUGUGCAAACAUAAAAAUGUCAAAGUAAAAGUAAGUGAAUAGGGUUGUUUCCAUCUACAAAUCUUAGGGCAGAAUUGUAUCCCAAUAAAUUCUUUUGGAUUAUAAGAACAUGUUAAACUACUUUUAGGGGACCUGUAAUGACCAUAUUUUUGUAAAUAUUGAAUUUAAAAUAUCUUUUGGCACACGUCACGUGACUAAACUCGAAACGUCAUUGAAGAUUCUGAUGACGUCACAACUCUCGGAUUGACACUGUUGACAGUUAGGCGAUAAACAAAUGACAAAUGUCAGUUGACAGUUCGUAUCUUCUACGUGUGUAUGUAGUUAUGCAAACCGUAAACUGUGACGUCACACAACUUUCAAAGAGCGUUUUGGGCGCGAAAGCAUCUGUCAAAAUAUAUUUUGUUAAUUUAACAUAUUUAAAGCCGUUUUUAGUAUAAAAGUUGAAUUUUAGGGCAACUUUUAGUUAAUGUAGAACGUAAUACAAGCUUUUCAAAAAAUUGGAAACAACCCUAUUAGUAUGCAUUCGGUGAUAAAACAGAAAUAGAAACCUUUACUUACUUAUAUUACUUACACUUACAGAGCAGCUUAAGACAUCAUCUAACGAAUAUCAUUCCGCCAUUUAAUUGACUAAGAGUGAAGGGGAAGGAAGUUCUUAAUAACGUAGGACUUCAAAUAAAUAUACAGGGUUAUUUUAAAACUAUAUUCAAUACUACUCUCCGGAAAAUCUUUUGUUUUCCACAGAUGUCCAUUUUGUAAACUUUGUAAGCUAUCCUGUACCAAAGGCAUUACUAACUUAUUCAUUACAGUCAUUACUAGUUUAAUAAUGUAAUAUAUAUUAUUUGUAUUGUAAUCGUAAGCGGAAGGCCUGACUCCCAAGCCCGUAAGAAAUUCGUCUCUCUGCCACGUGCGGUUUUUACACCACUUAGGUACCCAUAAGGAUCUUUACCAUUUCGGUAAUAAACAAACAUACGGCCCGCCUGAUGGUAAGCGGUCACCAUAGUCUAUAAAAAUUAAAUUAUCAUUUAUUUCGACCAUCUGGGAUCAUACAACAAACAAACAAACAUAAUACAUUACAAUAAAUUAAAUAAAUAAAUAAGUUAAUUAAUAAAAUUUAACAAUAUUCCGAUUACAUUAAAAUUAAAUAACCAUGUUAGUGUGUGUAUGUGUCUAUGAACUACAAGGGUUUACUUGCGCGUGGAACCUUUGAAAACGUGUACUUUUCUAAGAUCUUUCUCAGUUCCUCGAGACAACUUCCGCUGGGAACUCAUUCUGCAGCCAGAGACGGUCAUACAUGCUAGAACGAGAUGGUUUACGUGCUGUAAAAUAUGCCUUGAAGAGUCUGGUAUAAAUAUUAUAGAAACGGUGCUUUCGCUUGAACGAUAACAAUUAUAAGUAAAGCGCUAGGGUUACGGUAGGCGAAUGUGUAGUAGUCAAAAUGAUCAAUUAAGUAUGUCUUAGUAAUUUUUGAUCACAGUGUAGAUGUCACUCUGUAUGUUUUUUUUUAUUAGUGACCCUUUGAAAAGUAAUCGGUGUCAAAACAGAGUUGAAUAUGAUUGUACUAAAAUAAGCGCCUUUUAAAUAUUUUCAUGUAGUUACAAAAGUAUUAAACCUUUUCAACGCCAAAGACCACUAAAACGGUCAUCGUCUGUCGUGCCCGCGACGCCAAUGACCAUUAAAAAGGCUAUGGCGGACGUUGUCAAAGCGACUUUCCUACUGUCAGUUAAGCUUCAUAUUCGCUCUUCACCAGUUAACUUUUUGGCGUCCAUGGCAUUUCUUGACACGUGUGGAAAAGCGUUCAAAAGGUUAACUAUUUCCUCUCAUCAUUCCCAGUAAUUAAGUUUUUGUGAUAAUUUAAAAAAAAAAAUUGUAAUUUUUUUUUAUCUUUAAUACUUACUCUUUUAUAAGUUUUUUGAAAAGUCAGUCAGCAAGAAGUUCAUAGAUUAAAAUUAUAAUGUCGAUUUAAUGAAUUACAUGCCUUAUGUGGAUAAAAAUAAGGCACAAUUUGAUAUGUAGUCUAAGUAACAUUUUAUACUCUGUAUUUUUAGGUUUCUAAAAACAAAAUCUACCCUCAAAUGGCUCCUUAAGCCAGAUGAGGGCAGAUGAAAACAUUACAUGAUCAAAUAAUGUACGUUAAAGUCAGGUCGUUCAGUCACAGAUCCAGGCGGUUUUGUAUUUGGUUGGUUAACCAAUAAAUGUUGUAACUAGAAAUUGUUUGUUUACUUUUAAUUAAAUACCUAAAGAUACAGAGUAUAGUUACAUAAGUAUCUGUUUUUCUUGCGGAAUGUAUUAAUGGUUUCUAUGUGAUGUCUUCCACUUGUCCUCUUGUCUAUGGUUUGGUUCAAAAUGUGUACACUUUUGUGGGAUGAAGUCCAUUUGACAUUACCAUUAUAUUAGGUCAUUACCUAUGAAAUUGGCGUUUUGUAUGGAGAACUUUAACGAAAUUCGAUUUUUUAUACAAUGAAUUUUGCGUAUUAUUUUGUGAUGGCAUUAUCAAACCAAACAAAUUGCCAGUAAUCUUGAGACAUUUUUAAGGCACAUUUUCUAUCUCAUUUUUUUUUUUUAAAUCUGUCUCGUCAAAAAAAUAUAAGUCAUUUAAAUACUCGAGCCGGCAGCACAUGAAAAGAGCUGUUUUCAGGGCGGUAUUCUGAAUACAUAAAACAGUAAAAGUAGCAAAUAAUUGUAUCGUUGUAAUUGUAUUGUAUCGUUGUUAUGUAGCGCACUAAUGAAAUUAAAAAAUACUUCGAAGUUACUAUUAAAAUAAAGACUAAUACUUAUUAACAAAAACACCAAUUUCAUAGGUAAUGUACCCAAUAUUUGUAACUUUAUAAUUUGGUGCCACCAGAGAUAUUCACUCUUUCGUAUUAUCAUGUUAGUCACUAGUAUGGAAGGUACAGGCAAGGAACAGAAUCUCCAUAGGCAGAACUGUUGCAAGUGUCCAGCUGUCAGCUAUAAAUAAUAGUUCCAAAUCUCUCCAGAGUAGCGCUAGAGUAACUAAGAACCUAGGCGUUAUUGAAGGAGUGAAGUGCGCUGUCUAUGAUUAGAUUUUUUUUCUCAAGUAUUCUAGGUAUUGUAGCGCCACCUAUUUAUGAUUUUUUGUCGGACACUUUUUGGUAUAUGGUCCAUAGUCACUAGGUUAGAUUUGGCAAAUCUGCGCGUUAUCGUGGAUGACACAACUACUUAUGGUGGUGUAAAUUCUAAAAAAAUACGGAAUCCUAAACACAUUCACUGCCGGGAACCCACCUGGUGGGCGCUCGUGAACUUUGUUCAGAUGCCGGAAAACCCGCUGGGCGGGUUGUUUUGUACGCAGCUAUAGUUUUUUGUCUGGCAGUGAAUGUGUAAAAUGUGCCUGCCUUUUUAUUGUUCUUGCAUAUUGAAGUAAAAAGGCUAAGAGACGAACAGACUAAAUUGUCAAACAUUAAUACCAUCCUUCUCCUUUUCCAAAUAAAAUCACGUCGGUGGCAUACAAGUAUACAGAUCGGCUGAUGAAGUAGUUAUCGUAGCCGAUGGUUGACAAUAUUAUUACACCCCCUUUCAUAAUUUGAAUACUUCAGUAAGGUUCAAUCUGGACUAUUCAUCAAACGAAAGUGUGCUCUAUUCCUACACAGUAGGGUCGAAUAUCUGUAUACGCGAAGAUUACGCAUUGAAUGUCAGUAUUAGAAUGAAUUUCAUCGAUUAAUUUAUUAAAUGUCACGUUGUUGAGACGCAAAAUAAUUGUAAAUGAUGUGUUGAUAUUUAUAAAUAAAAUGCACUUUUAGAUAA